AUGAAGCAUCGCCUCUUGAUGGCAUCGCUGGCGCAGCAAUGGUUGCAUGGUGCCGCGAGCAUGCUCAUGGUGAACCAAAUGCUGUAUCAUUUCACGAAGCACGUCAACAAGACCCCCAAAAGAACGUCCAAGCUCACCGGGCGCAUGUGGGUCGCCGAAAUGUUGGAAGGAAACGAAGCAAGCUUUCUUGAAAGCUUUCGAAUGCGCAAAGCGGUUUUCAAGAGGCUUGUUCGUGAACUCGUCGAGUAUGGUGGUCUCAAGGGAACAAGACUCGUCAAGGAAGAAGAGCAGCUUGCGAUAUUCUUGUACCUUGUGGGCCAUCAUGCUUCGAGCAGUCGAUUGCAGUGUCGAUUUCAGCACUCAGGUGAAACCAUCACUCGUCACUUGAAACGAGUUCUCGCUGCCUUAUUGCGUUUGGUACCGACGUAUAUCCAGAUACCUGCCAACGACUCACGGAUUCCUCGUACCAUCUCCGACAAUCCCAAGUUUAGCCCCUUUUUCGACAACUGCCGUAUGGCUAUUGAUGGUUGCCACGUUCCUGUAUGGGUUCCUGAGAAGCAUGUUGCGCCAUUUCAAGGCAGAAAGGGCGUCACGAUGAAUGUUUUGUGCGCCUGUGACUUCGACAUGAUGUUCACCUAUGUUCUCUCCGGCUGGGAGGGAUCGGCUGGUGACGGUCGUUUGUAUGAAGAUGCGUUGACAAAAGGCCUUGCCUUGUCGCCAAAUCUUUUUGACAUCUUGGACGCUGGUUUUGGCUUGACUGUGAAAGCGUUGACGCCAUACCGUGGAACCCGGUACCAUUUGAAAGAGUUUGGCCGUGGAAAGAUGAAGGUGCGCACGAAGGAAGAGCUCUUCAACCUCCGGCACUCGUCGCUCAGAAACGUGAUUGAAAGAGCCUUUGGUGUCCUCAAGAAACGAUUCACAGUUCUGAGCUACCCUGUGCAAUACAGCUACUCGUUCCAGACCAAGCUUUUCCCGGCAUUGUGCGUACUGCACAAUUUCAUUCGGCUUAAUGACUCGUCGGAUGAUUUGUUCGUGCGGCAGGCAACUCGAGAGCUCCGCCGGCGCAAUAAACAGCCAUUGGAAGCGAUGGAUCUUGGACAGGCCUGUGACAUCGCUGAGACUUCUGAAGCAAAACAUUGGCGCGACAGCAUUGCAACAAGCAUGUGGGAACAAUAUCAAGCUGAGCUGCAUCGUCGUGUUCGCAACCGUUAA